CAGACGGCAGAAGCCGUAUCGUCUGACAGCCCCAGCCAGAAAUCUCCGUUGUCCGGACGCAUACAUAUCCUGGGGCUGGGAAAUAUCGGGUCGUUUGUUGCGCAUGCGCUUGCCAGUCGGCCGUCCCCGCCGCCUAUCACACUCUUACUACACAAUCCGGAGAUGUUGCGGUCGUGGCUUAAGCAGAAAAGGACUAUAGAGCUCACCUUCAACGGGCUGAAUGAUGGCAAGAAGGGGUUUGAUGUCGAUGUGCUGGAUGGGCAAACGUGGCAUUCGAUUCCGGAUGGGUUUAUGGAGGGGGCUGAAGAAGCUAUUGAGUGCUUGAUUGUUACGGUCAAGGCCCCUAUGACUGCCCUGGCGUUGGAUUCCGUACGACACCGUUUGACGCCGGAGUCUACGGUGCUAUUCCUCCAGAAUGGGAUGGGCGUGAUUGAGGAGAUCAACGAGAAGCUCUUCCCGGAUCCGCAGACGCGGCCGAACUACAUGCAGGGACUUAUCUCGCACGGGCUUUCGGGGAGACAGAAGCCGUUCCAGGUUGCGCAUGCGGGCGUUGGCACGACGAUCCUCGGGCCCAGCGAGAACAAGAGCGUCUGGGCGCCCAGUACCAAGUAUCUGCUCCGCAUUAUGACCCUCACGCCAUCUCUUGUUGCCGUCGCCGAGACCCCAUCCUCGUUGAUGCUGUAUCAGCUCGAAAAGCUGGCGAUGAACUCCGUCAUCAACCCAAUGACGGCCGUGAUUGGCUGCAAGAACGGCGAGCUCCUCUACAACUACAGCUUUACUCGGCUGAUGCGGCUGCUCCUGCUUGAGAUAUCGAGUGUGAUCUGCGCCCUGCCGGAAGUGCAGGGCAUCCCGGGGAUCGAAAGCCGGUUCUCACCGGAGCGGUUGCGAUGGAUGGUCACGCAGCUGGCGAGCAAGACGGCCGAAAACCGAAGCUCCAUGCUGCAGGAUGUCACCCUCGGCAAAUCGACAGAGAUUGAAUAUCUGAACGGCUAUAUUGUGCGCAGGGGCGAAGACCUUGGUUUCAAGUGUGUGGUGAACUAUAUGAUAAAGCACCUGGUUAUCGGGAAACAACUGACUACGAAGAGCAAAGAUGCCAGCACCAUCCCCAUCGACAUUGAGUGAGCUGACUGCCCGAUCGAUACUUGUGUACCUAUUCGAUGAUAUACCCCAGAAUUAGUCUUGUCUUUCUUUCUUUCUUUCUUUCUUUCUCUCUAGAUCCGGUAUUAG